UUACGUGGAGACGAAGAUGGCGGCUGCGCCGGGAGCAGUCCUCCUGUGAGCCGGCUACGGGAGCUAGCGCGGGGCCCGUGGGGAGCGCGGCCGGGACCUCCGCCUCAAUCGGGCCCUUCCCCUUCCUCUUUCCCCCCCUCCCUUGCUCCCCAGCGCGAGCCAUGGAGGACGAGGAGCGACAGAAGAAGCUGGAGGCCGGCAGAGCCAAGUUUGCCCAGUUUCGGCAAAAGAAAGCUCAGUCCGAUGGACAGAAUCCUUCCAAGAAGCAGAAAAGGAAGAAAAAAUCAUCAACCAGAAAAUGUGAAGAUUCUUCAUAUACUUCCAAUAUUGAUCAUUCACAGGGUGGUGAGUUAUACAUGACUAACUCUCAAAAAGGAGCGGCAGUGGCUCCUGAAUUCAGUAUAAUGAGAACUUUACAUACUGGAGAAAUAAUCAAACAUGACCAGUCCUACACCAUUGAACCAGAAAGUGAAAUUUCUACCACUGCGGAUGAUUAUAGUUCAGAGGUAAAUGGUUGCAGUUUGGUGAGAGGAGAUAUUCCUACAAAUUUGUUAAUGGAAGAAGAAUUUGGAGUUGGUGAAUCUUAUUCUGAACAAGGAGCACAGUACUCUUCAACACAACUAGAGAUGAUGGAGAAUGAAUUGGCUGGGAAGCAGCAAGAGAUUGAAGAGCUAAGCAGAGAACUAGAGGAAAUGAGGGCUGCAUAUGGCACAGAAGGAUUGCAACAGCUUCAAGAAUUUGAAGCGGCAAUUAAGCAAAGAGAUGGCAUCAUCACCCAACUUACUGCUAACCUACAGCAAGCACGAAGAGAAAAAGAUGAGACUAUGAGAGAAUUUUUAGAGCUGACAGAACAAAGUCAAAAGUUGCAAAUACAGUUCCAGCAUUUACAGGCUAGUGAAACUCUAAGAAACACCAGUCAUAGUAGCACAGCUGCAGAUUUACUUCAAGCCAAACAACAGAUUCUCACUCAUCAGCAGCAGCUAGAAGAGCAAGACCAUUUAUUAGAAGAUUAUCAAAAGAAGAAAGAAGAAUUCAAAAUGCAAAUUAAUUUCUUGGAAGAGAAAAUUAGAACUUAUGAAAUGAAGGAACAAAAUAAAAAAGUAGAAGAUUCAAAUAAAAAGGAAUUACAAGAAAAGGAAUUAGUCAUUGAAGAGUUAAAAAUGAAAAUAAUAGAAGAAGAAAGAAACUCGCUUGAGCUAAAGGAUAAACUAUCAGCUACUGAUAAAUUAUUGGGGGAAUUCAAAGAACAGAUUAUGGAAAAAAAUCAAGAAAUAAAUAAUAUAAAACUAGAAUUAACUAAUACUAAACAAAAAGAAAGACAGUGCUCUGAUGAAAUAAAACAAUUAAUGGGGACUGUUGAAGAACUUCAAAAGAAAAAUCAUAAGGACAGCCAAUUUGAAAUUGAUAUGGUACAAAGAAUGGAACAAGAGACUCAAAGGAAGUUGGAGCAACUCCGAGCAGAGCUGGAUGAAAUGUAUGGGCAGCAGAUUGUGCAGAUGAAACAAGAAUUAAUAAAGCAGCAUGUGUUAAAGAUAGAUGAACUUAAUGCACGACAUAAAGGAGAACUGGAAAAUACUUUAAAAGCAUGCCCAAAUAUUCCAGUAAAUGAAAAUCAAAUACAGUUAAUGAAUAUGGCAAUUACCGAAUUGAAUCUAAAACUUCAGGAUGCUAAUUCUCAAAGAGAAAAAAUAAAAGAAGAAUUAGAAGUAGUUUUAGGAGAAAAGUCUACUCUACAGAGAGAAAUUGAAGACCUUUUUGAAGAAUUAAGCUUUUCAAGGGACCAGAUUCAAAGAGCUAGACAGACAAUAGUUGAGCAGGAAGGUAAACUUAAUGAAGCACACAAAUUGCUUGGCAGUGUGGAAGAUUUGAAAGCCCAGAUUGUUUCUGCAUCUGAAUUCAGGAAGGAGUUAGAAUUAAAACAUGAGGCCGAAGUUACCAAUUACAAGAUAAAGCUUGAAAUGCUAGAGAAAGAAAAGAAUGCUGUGUUAGACAGAAUGGCCGAAUCUCAAGAAGCGGAAUUAGAAAGACUAAGAACGCAGCUGCUAUUCAGCCAUGAAGAAGAGCUCUCUAAACUCCGACAAGACUUAGAAAUUGAACAUCAAGUUAAUGUAGAAAAACUUAAAGAUAACUUAGGUAUUCGCUAUAAACAGCAGAUAGAGAAGUUACACAAUGAAAUGAGUCAAAAGAUAGAAACCAUGCAAUUUGAAAAGGACAGUUUAAUAACUAAGCAGAAUCAGUUACUUUUAGAAAUUUCUAAACUAAAAGAUUUACAGCAAUCUCUUGUAAAUUCAAAAUCAGAAGAGAUGACUCUUCAAAUCAAUGAACUUCAAAAAGAGAUUGAAGUACUCAGGCAAGAAGAAAAGGAAAAGGGCACACUUGAACAAGAAGUACAGGAAUUACAACUUAAAACUGAAUUUUUGGAGAAGCAAAUAAAAGAGAAAGAAGAUGACCUACAAGAAAAAUUUGAACAACUUGAAACUGAGAAUACUGUUCUUAAAAAUGAAAAGAAAGCUCUUGAAGAUAUGCUGAAAAUAUAUUCUCCCAUUAACAAAGAAGAAAACUUGAUUUUCAUAGAUUCAAUUAAGCCCAAAUCUGAAGACUGUGACUGGCAAAAAAAAGUUGAUAUACUUCUAGAAGAAAAUGAGAAGCUCACAAAGCAAUGCACUCAGCUAAAUGAACGGAUUGAGGAACAAAGGAACACAUAUUCAUUUGCUGAAAAAAAUUUUGAGGUUAACUGUCAGGAGUUACAAGAAGAAAUUGCUUGUCUUCUAAAGGUAAAAGCUGAUUUAGAGGACAGUAAAAACAAACAGGAAAUAGAAUAUCAAAUGAAGCUAAAGGCUCUCACUGAUGAACUUUAUCACCUACAGAGAAGUCAGCCAGCUUUAGUGAAAGCCAGAAGUACAGAUUCUGAAGGUUGUAAAGAUGACAAGUCUUUCGUGGCAGAAGUUUCGGAAGUUGGCGAAGUUGUCGAGAAAGAUACUACAGAACUUAUGGAAAAACUUGAGGUGACCCAGAGAGAGAAGUUAGAACUCUCCGAGAGACUGUCAGAUCUUUCUGAGCAGUUAAAGCAGAAGCAUGGUGAAAUUAAUCACCUAAGUGAGGAAGUGAAAUCUUUAAAGCAAGAGAAAGAACAAGUUUUAAACAGGUGCAAAGAGCUGGAAACCAUAGUCAGCCAUAGUCAAGCAGAACAUGUGGAUGAGUUAAAACUUACGCUGUGGGAUUUGAAAGGUAACAUUCAAACAGAGGGAAGUAAAGAUCCUAAAAGUCCUGUAUUUAAAAUAAAUAAAGACUUUAAUGAAGGAGCAAAGAUCAUAGAGGACAAUAAAAUUUCAUUUGCAGAUGUGACUGUUAAAAAGGAAAGCAGGCAAGAACUGGUGGAAGUGGAUCAUGUGGACUCUGUGGCUGACCAGUUGGCUAAUGAGUCAUCAUUAUCAUCAUCAUGUUUGGAUAGUGCACAGAGUGAAAAUGACCGGCUUCGGCAGGAGCUCGGUAUUCUGAAAUCUGAACAGGAGGAUUUGAAGCUUCAGAUGGAGGCCCAGCACCUUUGCCUCUCCCUGGUUCAUUCAGCUCACGUGAAGCAGGUGUGUGUCUGCAUGGAUGAGGAGAGAGCAAGUGCCCUGAGCAGCCUGAGGGAGAGACUUGCUUCUGCUCAUGAGGAAGAGAUGCGGGAGCUUCAGAAAAGGCAUAUUUCUGAGCUAGAGAAUGUAAAGAGACGAGAAGCAGAUGAUGAAGGAAUGUCUUUAGAGAUGCUUAUGGGAAAACUCCACAAGGCAGUGAUGGAGGAAUGCUCUCGUUUUAAUCAGCAGUCUUUAUGCAACACAUUUGGUACAUGUAACAGAGCUCCUUUCAAAUAUGAAGCAAAAAUAGACAGAAGAGAAAUUCCUGAUAUUUAUUCCUUUGAAGUUCAAGAAGAAAGCCCAGAAUUACAGAAUCGUACAUUUGAAGUUCAAGACUUGCAAUCAGAUCUGCAAUCUCUUAUUAACAAAGUAGCAGAAGAAUGCAACAGACUGUUGGUACUUCAGUCACAGCUAACUAAAGAUUGUGAAAAGAUUCAAGAACAACAGGCAGAGAAUGCAAAACUUGAAGUUACAAAAGAAGAGGAAAUGACUGACCUUGAGAUAUCAAAAGCAAAGUGUUUAGCAGGCUCUUCUCAGACAAAAGAUAGUGAUAUUAUAGGGAGUUUGCCUCUUUUACAAGACAUGGAAAAAAUGAAAGAUCAGCUUGAAGCACAUGAUGUUCGAGAACAAGAACACCUUCCAUGUAAUUUCCAGCCAUUGUUGAAAGAAAUCGGAGUAAAGGAUCCUCCAGAGAGCCCUGAUUUGCAAGAGGAGCUUCAGCUUGUUAAAGAAUCUAUUCUUCAGCCAAGCUUAUUCACUGAAUCAGUGGCCAAUAUUGAUCAGAUGGUGAAAACAAAACAUAUUGAAAGUUGUCUUCAAAAGACUGAAGAUGGCUCAGCAAAGUUUACUAAUGAAGCUGAAAUGAAAGAAGAAAUGGAUAUUGUUCAAUUAUUGAAAAAACAGCACCAAGAAAAAUUAGAAGAAGAAGUGGCUAAGGUCAUUGUGUCAAUGAGCAUAGCAUUUGCUCAGCAGAGUGAAAUAGCAAGACUUUCUAAGCAAAAAGAAGACAUUGCAUCAGUGACUGAAAUAAAUGCCUGUCAAGAAAAAGAACCCUUUGCAACUGAUAUGAAACAUUCUAAGAAUGAUUUUGGUAUGCAGGCUUUUGAGGCAGAAGAAAUGAAAUUUAAAGAAUUGAAACCGCUUAGCAAAGAGUUGAGUGAAGAAGAAUGCAAGGAUACUCUUUUAUCACAUAGUAAUAAUCUUGAAAGCACAUUUGAAUUGAAGGACCGAGAACUCGAUUUUUCAAAAGAAAUUUUCUCCCCAAACAGAGGGUUUAUUUUUACAGAACAUAUCCAGGAUGAGAUAUUGGCAUCAAACACAGACACUUCUAGGCAAUUGAUGGUACAUGAAGAGCAGUUGGAAGAUCUGAGGCAGGAGUUGGUGCGGCAAUACCAGGAGCACCAACAGGCCACAGAGUUGUUGAAGCAAGCUCAUAUGCACCAGAUGGAGAGACAGCGGGAAGACCAAGAGCAGCUGCAAGAAGAGAUCAAGAGGCUGCACAGAGAAUUAGCCCAGAGUGCCUCAAUAGAUAAUGAAAACCUGGUUACAGAAAGAGAGAGGGUGCUUUUAGAGGAGCUGGAAGCCCUAAAGCAGCGAACAUUAGCUGGAAGAGAGAAGCUGUGUUGUGAGCUGCGCAGCAGCUGUACGCAAACACAGGAUGAAAGUGAGAACCAAGAAGUGGAAGAACAGAUCUCUCAAGAAGAAGCAGAAGAAAAACCUCAAACUGCAUCUUCUGACAUUCUCUCUAAAGAAAGAUAUGCUCUCCAGAAAGCUAAUAACAGACUCCUUAAGAUCCUCUUAGAAGUAGUAAAGACAAUAGCAGCUGUUGAAGAAACAAUUGGCCGUCAUGUUCUUGGUAUUUUGGAUCGAUCUAGUAAAGGGCAGUCAUCAACUAACAUUGUUUGGAAGUCAGAGCCAGAAGGAACAGUGAAAUCCUGCAUCCAUGAAGAAGACAUAGAAGAGGAGCCCAUGGGCCCUUACCGGGGAAGCGGCGUGCCCGACAGUGCCGCGAGUGCCUGGUCAGAAGUGGCCGAGGAGAGGCUGGAGCUGUGUCAGCGGCUGGUGCGAUGUGGCUUUGCUGGCGCGGAACUGGACCCCGAGAACGAAGGGCUCGUCCUGAGCGUGAGCUCCCGCCUCCAGGCAGCAGUUGAGAAGCUCCUAGAAACCAUCAGUGAGACGAGCAGCCAGCUUGAACACGCCAAGGUCACGCAGACAGAAUUGAUGCGUGAGUCAUUCAGACAAAAACAGGAAGCCACAGAGUUUCUGAAAUGCCAAGAAGAACUACAGGAGCGACUCAAUGAAGAGUUGAAAGCCAGAGAACAGCUGGCUGUGGAGCUUAGUAAGGCAGAGGGUAUCAUUGAUGGCUAUGCAGAUGAAAAAGCUCUUUUUGAAAGGCAAAUUCAGGAAAAAAGUGACAUAAUUGACCACCUAGAGCAGGAGCUGUUAUGUGUAGGUAAUAGAUUACAGGAAUUGGAAGCAGAGAGACAACAAAUCCAGGAAGAAAGAGAAUUACUGUCUAGACAGAAAGAUGCCAUGAAAGCAGAAGCAGGACCAGUUGAACAACAAUUGCUGCAAGAAACAGAAAAGCUAAUGAAGGAAAAACUGGAACUCCAGUGUCAAGCCGAGAAGGUCUGUGAUGACCUCCAGAAACAAGUGAAAGCUCUGGAAAUGGACGUGGAGGAACAGGUCAGCCGCUUCAUGGAGCUUGAGCAAGAAAAGAACGCUGAGCUGAUGGACCUGAGACAGCAGAGCCAGGCCCUGGAGAAACAGCUGGAGAAGACAAGGAAAUUUCUAGAUGAGCAAGCAAUUGAUAGAGAACAUGAAAGAGAUGUGUUCCAGCAAGAAAUACAGAAACUAGAACAGCAGCUGAAGGCCACCCCAAAGUUUCAGCCCAUCAGUGAGCACCAAACGAGAGAGGUUGAACAAUUAACAAAUCAUCUCAAAGAAAAAACAGACAAAUGCAGUGAACUCCUGCUAUCUAAAGAACAGCUUCAGAGAGAUGUGCAAGAACGGAAUGAAGAAAUUGAGAAACUGGAAUCCCGAAUAAGGGACCUGGAACAAGCAUUACUUAUUAGUGCGGACAGUUUACAAAAGGUAGAGAACCGAAAACAGUUUGGAGCUGUGGAAGUCAAAGAAUUGCCCUUCGAAGUACAAUUACAGGCAGAACGAGAAGCUUUAGAUAGAAAGGAAAAAGAGAUCACAAAUUUAGAAGAACAGCUAGAGCAGUUUAGAGAAGAGCUGGAAAAUAAAAAUGAAGAAGUUCAGCAACUGCACAUGCAAUUAGAAAUACAGAAGAAGGAGUCUACCACGCGCCUUGAAGAACUCGAGCAAGAGAAUAGAUUGUUCAAGGAUGAAAUGGAAAAACUAGGUUUUGCUGUACAAGAAUUUGAAGAUUUCUCCACGAAGGACCAUCAUCAGUUAUUUGGGAAAUUUACCCAGAUGAUACAGGAAAAAGAAUUAGAAAUUGGUAGACUAAAUGACCAAAUUACACAACUUCAGCAGCAUCUUGAAAUUACAACAGAUAACAAGGUCAUUGAAGAAAAAAAUCAGCUGAUACGGUAUCUGGAAUCUCAGCUAGAGUGUCUUAAGAGUGACCAAGAACGUGUAAAGAAAAAUAGUGAAGAAGAAAUAGAACAGCUCAAUGAAGUAAUUGAAAAACUUCAACAGGAAUUGUCAAGUAUCGAACAGAAGGCACCAGUGGACUUCCCUUUGCUCCCAGAGGAGUCCGACAGCCUGAAACAGCAGCUGGAGUCUCUGCAGGCCGAAAAGCUGGCUUUGGAGCAGCAGGUGGAGAGAGCCUGCGAAGAGCUGGCCCUUGCCCAGUCUGCCCUGGCGGAGACCCGCUCCCAAGCGGAGCAGGCCUGGGCACGGCCCAGAAGCUCCACAGGCCCCAGGGAAGGCCUGGCAGCAGCUUUGGAGCUCCGGCCCCUGGGAGGACAGAGUGAGGAUGGGACCCGGAAACUGGAGCUGGCGCUGCAGGAGAAAGAGGCAGAGAUCUCCCGGUGCCAGCAGCAGCUGGAGGCCAUGGAAGAGCAGGCCCAGGCCCAGAGGGAAGCACUGGAGAGGGAGCUCGAAGAGAGGCUGGCCACUCUCGUGGUGAGCCAGGCCCAGCUCGGAGCGGUGCAGGAGUAUGUGGCCGCCGGACUGUCUGGGCAGCAAGGCCCCGUGCCUGCAACGAGGGACGCGGAGCAGGCAGAAGCUGCCGAGAGAAAUACUCUGGAAGAAGACGAGAAGGAAGAGGAAGGGAAAGACAAAGGAGUGAUGGAGAUAAGAGACACCAGUGGAGCAUUUCAGGAAGAACUAAGCCAAAUUAAGCACCAGCUCAUGGAAGCCGAAAAAAAACUUGAAUAUUAUUCAAAAAAAGAAAGUGAAGUCACAGUAUUAGAAAGAAAAAAGUCCUCGUGUGACUUUGGACAGUUUUUUGCUGAAAGAGAUUCUCCCUUUAUUGGUAAAAACUCCUCGUCCCAAACAGACCAAAUCCUCCAGGUCAGUAGCGGCAAUCAGACCCUGCCAGUUCUUGUUAAAAACGCAGGAAUCCAAAGUGAUUUACAGAGCAGUUGUUCAUCAGGAGACAUCACUGAAAUAAUCAGACAGUUCACUGAAAAGAUUGACCAAAUGCAGGAGCUACAUGCUGCUGAGAUCUUGGAUAUGGAAGCCCGGCAUAUCACAGAGGCGGAGAACUUGAAGAGGGAGCAGUUUGUGGCUGUCCAGCUAUUGACCGAGGAAUGUAACACCCUCAAAGCCGUGAUCCAGUGCCUGCGAGCCAAGGAGGGAGUUUCAGUCCCUGGAUCAACACACUCUGACUCAUAUCAAAGUAGAGAAAUGUGUUCCAGUGAUUCUGGAUCAGACUGGAGUCAAGGUGUCUGUCUUACACAAAACCAGGGAUUUGAUACAGCAUCAGAUGGGCCAGGAGAAGAAGGUGAAAGUUCAACAGAUUCAUUUCCAAAGAAGAUAAAGGGGUUGCUGAGAGCAGUCCAUAACGAGGGCAUACAAGUACUCUCUCUCACUGAACCCCCCUAUAGUGAAGGAGAUGCCAGUUUUGCUCAGCAGGCUUCAGAAUUUUGGCUGGAAGAAAGAAAAACUUACCUCAACACAAUCUCAUCUCUUAAAGAUUUAAUUACGAAAAUGCAGGUGCAAAGGGAAACUGAGCUUUAUGAGAGUUCUCAGUCCCAUGAGAAUCCUCCAGAUUGGCGAGGUGAAUUUCUACACGCCUUUCAGCAAGUCUUAUUAAAGGAACGCAACAUUCUGCUAGCUAUGUGUAAGACUGAUCUUACAGCUCUGGGUACUCGAGAUGCCCUUGGAUUGCUGAACCAGUUGGAGCAGAGAUUACAAGAACAGGGCAUUGAAUACCGAGCCGCCAUGGAGUACAUUCAGAGUGCAGAUAGGAGAAGCUUGCUGACUGAGAUCCAAACGUUACAGGCUCAAAUGAAUAGUAAAAAAAUGACCAUGAAGAGAGAACAAGAGAGUGAUUCUCAAAGCCAAGAAUUGUUGGAACACAACAUGCAGCAGAAGCAGGUUCAGAUCCUGGAGAUGCAGGUAGAGCUGAGCACACUGAAGGAGAGAGCCACUGAACUGCAGGAUCAGCUCAAUUCUGAGAGAGUGAGGGCCGCCGAGCUCCAGGAUGAACGGACACAAGCAAAGCUGGAGCUUGAAACAACGCUCAAAGCCCAACACAAGCAUCUGAAGGAAUUGGAGGCAUUCAGGAUGGAAGUCAAAGAAAAAACAGAUAAAGUACAUUUGUUAAAUGAUAUGUUAGCCAAUGAACAGAAAAAAACACGAGAGCUUCAGUGGGCUUUGGAGAAGGAAAAAGCCAAGUUGGAACGUAGUGAAGAAAGAGAAAGAGAAGAACUUGAGGACCUAAAAUAUUCACUGGAAGGUCAGAAACAAAGAAAUGUUCAAUUAAACCAACUUUUGGAAGAACAGAAACAACUCCUGAGUGAUUUGCAACAGAAAAUAGUUUCCCAGGGCACUCUGUAUGAUGCCCAGAUAGCAGAAGAGCGAAGUCAAAAGUCAGAGCUUCAAGGACUACUUGAAUCAGAGAAAGUUCGAGUCCUGGAAAUGCAAGAGACCCUUGAAAGGGAAAGAGAAUUACAUGCCCAGCUUCAGGCUCGUGAUGACCAUGAGCAGGAUAAGGUGUCCAUGGCAGAGGAAGAAGUGCUCAGAGAGCUACAAAAACAAUUGUAUGAAAAACACAACCGCAUAGUAGAGCUGGUCAGUGCAAUUGAAAAAUAUAAGCUGGACUCUUUGCAAAUGAGACAGCAGGUGGAAAAAGAUAGACAAAUCCAUAGGAAGACAUUGCUCACGGAACAACAGGCCAACACUGAAAGACUGAAAAAGAUACAUGAGCUACAGUCAAAAAUGGAAGAUCUCCAAUGGCAACUGGAAGAGAAAAGGCAACAAAUUUAUAAAUUAGAACUUGAAAGGAAGAGAUCUCAAGAAAUUAUACUGGAGCUUCAGAAACAAAAAAGAGAAAAAGAAGAAAAAAUUGAAACUGGGAGAGUAUCAUAUGAGAAUUUCAGUGAGCCAACCACUUGGGACUCAUCCAGUGAUCGAACAAGAAAUUGGGUUCUCCAGCAGAAAAUUGAAGGCACUGAGAAAAAAGAAUCCAGUUAUCCCCCACUUAUUGAGAUGAAUGGGAAUGGAACAACUGAGGAUAUUCAUGAAAUAGAGACAAUUAGACAGAAACUGAAGCUCAUAUCAUCAAAACUACAGCAACUGGCUCACAAAGCCUCUAGCAGGUUACAGUUUGAAGCAGCAGAUGAUGAAAAUUUUAUUUGGGUCCAGAAAAGUAUUGAUCACAUUCUUUUACAAUUACAAAAGUUUACUGGAUCAUCCCAGGAAGGGGAGCCUACACUAGUAUCACCAGGCAUUUCCUGUAGCUCAUUGACUGAAAGAUUACUCAGACAAAAUGCUGAGCUGACAGGACAUAUCAGCCAGUUGACUGAAGAAAAAAAUGAUUUGAGAAAUGUGAUUAUGAAGCUGGAAGAGGAGAUCAGGUGGUUUCGACAGACAGGAUCUUGUGGAGACUAUUCUUCCCGACAUUCAUUCCAUCAUGGUACUAACAUUGAAGCAGUCAUAGCUUCUGAGAAAGAAAUCUGGAACAAAGAAAAGCUGGCUCUCCAGAAGUCUUUGAGACGGGCUGAAGCUGAGGUAUGCAGACUGAAAGCUGAGCUAAGGAAUGAAGCUUUGUCGCAAGACUUGAACCCUAGUUCAGAAAAUGCCACUUUAAAGAGAAUUUAUGGUAAAUAUUUAAGAGCAGAAAGUUUCCGGAAAGCUCUCAUCUAUCAGAAGAACUACCUGUUGCUACUGCUAGGUGGAUUUCAAGAAUGUGAAGAUGCUACUCUGGCCCUGAUUGCACGAAUGGGUGGGCAGCCAUCCUGUACUGACCUGGCGGUCAUCACAAACCAGUCCAAAGGCUUCACCAGGUUUCGGUCUGCUGUUAGAGUGUCGAUUGCAAUUUCAAGAAUGAAGUUCCUAGUUCGCAGAUGGCAUCGGGUAACAGGCUCUUGUUCCAUUAAUAUCAAUAGAGAUGGCUUUGGACAGAAUCCAGGUACGUUUUGGGUCACUUUAGGCACAGAAAAGAGCGAUCCAUUGUAUUCUUCUCCUGGUGGACUAGAGUUGUGUGGAGAACAAAGACAUUCCUCUUACCGGUCAAGGUCCGAUUUGGACUGCCCUCGGUCUCCUUUACACUUCCAGCACAGGUACCAAGGCUCCACUGCCGACCUGAAUCCUGGAUCCCUUGCAUGUUCUCAGCUUCAGAAUUAUGACCCCGACCGAGCACUGACAGAUUAUAUCAGUCGGUUAGAAGCUCUGCAGAGGAGACUUGGAAAUGUCCAGUCAGGAUCAACUUCAUACACCCAGUUCCAUGCUGGCAUGAGAAGAUAAUCCCUUGGAUGGCAUCAUCAGUUGUAGUGACUUUAAAUAAUUGCCUUUUGUAAAUCGAUACAUCUUUUGUGCUUUUGUAUUGUGUAUAUUUAAUGGGACCAACAUGAACACAGCUCUACGAUUGUAUACGAUUCCCUUGCCAACAUCUCAGCAAACUGGAAUUUAUGUAUAUAAGCAUUGUGUGUUCAUGCACAACAAUCACUAAAUUACAUGUAUAUUUGUGGAAUGCUAAUUUAAAUGAUUAACUUAUGAAAGACUUGUGUAUUUAUCAAAGGGAUGAAACUUGCAUAUUAUUACUGAUGAAUGUGUAGCUUGAAGUGUCCUGUGAUUUUAUUGCAGGACUACUGAAGUUACAUGAUUCUCUAAUAUAUUUGCUACUGGCAGCACAGACAGAAAAUAUCACUCGUAGAGACCUAUUUUUGUAAUGGUAGAUGUUUUGAAUUUUAUGGGGGUAUUUUGUCAAAGUACUGAAAUAAAAAAAACAAACCAA